AUGACGCAAGCGUUCGCAAUGGGGGCGAUUGGAGGAAGCCAUGCGCAAGGCGAAUUUCGCGACUCGAAUCAGCUGGUCGCUUCAUGUUGCAGCGAUUCACAACACGGGCGAUGGAACAUGGGCCGGGGCAUGAAGUUCCUAUCAUGCGCUCGCCAGCCUGGCGAUCUUGAAGACACCGCCGAAAUGCAAGCUGACGUGCUGACAGUCUCGAGCACGGCGAGCUUGAUACUUGACGCCAGUACACGCACGAAGUCACCAAUACAUGUCCAGCAAAACUUUCGCCUCUCAACGGGUGUUGACGGACUGACACGCAUCAAGCUACUGCAUUGUACCGGGGACGGCACGCUUUUCAGCAGUGAACGUCGGAACAAAGGGUACUUCAAGAAUGUUUAA